UGUUAAGCAGAUCCUGUUUCGUAAGUUCGUAGUACGCAAUUUGUCUGUUACCUGUGCAUGUUUCCACUUUGGUAAAUUAAAAUAUUAUCUGGUUGCCCUGCUUCACCGAAAAUAUAUGCCACCAUUUUUUGUACUGGGUUGGAAGAAUGUAUGGUGAGCACGUUGGAAGAGUUAAAACUUGAAUGGCCUAUAACUGUGAUCAAGAUCAUAAAAAAGAACAAAAUAGUCUCUUCUAUCAAACCAAAAUGUAGCCUUUCUCGCGUGUUUUUUAAGAAAGUUUUGCAGGUUUUGGGUCACAUCCCGCGGAAGAAUGAGAAAUUUCCUAGUCUAUGGCCGUUUUAAAACCGUAUCCGGUACCAUUAAAUCGUGAGCUGUCUUCCUCAAACGAAAGGCGCUAUUUGAAUCAGAAGCAGACUGGCUGAUUGCGAGCACCGAGCCAAUGCACCGGGCCAAUUCUGUUCCUAAAGCCCAAAAUAAUUGCGUUAGGCAGGCGUUGUUGGAAGUGAACCAUUUUGCUCACUAUCGUCACAGAUUAGAGAUGACUCGCACUGUAUCGAUUGGACAGAAUGACCUUCUGGUCAUCUCUAUUCUGUGCCAUCGUUCAGUCUACGUAGGUCAUGACGCAUGAAGAGUUUCGGUACAUUCCGCUUUGCUGUUAUUGACAUUUCUUUGCUAUCAUUUCCCACCAUCGCCAGCAGGAAGUUAUUUGACAGCAGCUACUCCGCUUUUGCCAUCAAAUGUUUCGGUUUUUUUAAAGGGAUAGAAUGGUUUGGAGUGCUUGCAAAUGCAGUGGAUUUUCAAGUCGCUUGAAUGAAUGGUUUUUCCUUUCCUUUAGUAAUUUUUUUCUAAUUCUCAGCUUCAAACCUGAACCAUUAAACUUAUAUGAUAGAGAAUUAUAACAAACUCGCUUUACAUUGAAUUCUAGUCAAUAAAAACAUGCAAUAAAGUGGUACAGAACAGUGAGACUAGCACACACUAAUACUUGAAACAUCUUUGGUCAUAAAUCCUUUUUUCUAUUACCUUGUUAUGUGUAAAGCGAUAUACUUUUACAAUGCUGUUGGAGCGGGGGCUCGUACCCUACCAUAACCUUUUCUGCAACGAAUCUUUCAAUAGGAUUCUGCUCCCUUUUAAGUUAGAGCCAAUCUCGGGACGGACCCCUAAAUUUUUUGUUAAUUAAGUGUCCUCCAGGAUGUUAGAGAGUUAAUACGGUACAGUCAACGUCAAAUAUUUCAAACUUUCGGAAAGAUUCUUUUGAAUCAUCAAAAUUCGGAAUUCCAAAAAGAUUACUAUGAAAAGAAAAGUCUGUCAUUCGAAUAAGGAAAAAAUUGUUGUGAGCACGCAAUUCAGAAAAAUGAUUGUUUAAUCAACCCAGCGUCGAAAAUUUUGAAGAAAAUAGCUCAGUUUUACAUAGGAAUAGUUGGGAUAAAUCCCUGUCCCUCAGUUGUGUAUCUUUUUUAAUCGAUUCUUGUUUAUGGGGCGUUAUUCUGCAGAAGAUUUUAACGAUAUAGAUUCAGCGGAAAUUCAUAAAAUACGGACCACCGAAUUUACAUUAUGAUGAUUAUGAUGAUAUAACCCAGUGAAAAUCGUUGAGGUGCGUGUCCCUGAAAGAGGCUGGCAGUUCCUGUCAGACGAAAACGGGAAAGUCCUGAGUCGUUAGAGUCGUUACUCGAAAGAAAAGAAGGACGAUAUACAUUUCGAAAGUAAUUGCCUAGACUUUGUGGGGUUGCUUUAUAAUGCCCAUUUUCGGAAUUUAGCUCGAAAGAUGGAGGAGUAUCUAGACUACGAAAAAUACGAAGAUAGGCUGAGAACUUUCACAACCUGGCCUUCAGACGGCCCUAUGAUCAUAAAGGAUCUUGUUGAGGCUGGCUUUUACUAUACAGGACGAAAUGAUGUUGUUUCUUGCUUCUUGUGCGGAAUAGAAAUAGGAAAUUGGAAAGAGAAUGAACAACCAUUAGUCUUGCAUUCGCAAAGAAGUGAACAAUGCCAAUAUUUAAUCGAAAGAAAAGAGAAACACGAGAAAGUUAAAGGAAGCAGCUUUAAUGACAACGGUAACCAACUAGUUACUGACCCUAGCCCUAGGACCUGUUCUGUUGACGAAACAUCUCCAAAAGAUUGUGCAGUAUUGUCACCGCCAAAUGAAAGCUUAAACGACUCAGACGAUUAUUCUGAAGUGUAUGCCCAAGUUGGAUUUUCAGCUUGUGAGAAUCGUUUAAUUUCUAUCAACAAAUACCAACCGUCAAUUUCAACUGCUCAGGCUAAAAGAAUAAGUGAUGCUGGUUUUUUUUUCAAUGAAACUGGUAAAUGUUUUGAAUGCUACCAUUGCCAUAGCCAGUUUGAUAUUGCUGAAAUGGUUGAAAGCAGUGACCCAGUCCUACUACAUGCAGAGGCAUCUCCAACGUGCAAAUUCAUUUCCCUUGUAAUUGAGGACCAAGCCUUGUAUCAUCGUCACCACGAGAAUUCUAAAGCUGAGACGUUAGUACCUGACACACGUAAUUCACUGCCAGAUAGGACAAGAGGUGGGCAUGAUGAGGGAAAUAGUAGGACAUGCACUGUUAGUCAGUUUAUUGAUGACCAGGAGUGCAAGCAAGUCAAUUCUUCAUCUGAAAAUUGUUUGAGAUUAAAAAUGCCUGGUAGAAACAAUGGACAGUCUAUAGUAGUGGAGACUCCAUCAGUAAAAACAUAUUUUCGAUCAGAGGCUCCUGACACUUCUAGACAUUUGUCUACCAGCUCUGUAGUUACUGGAUCAUUGCAAUCAAUUAUGCCUACCAAUGUUUCACCUGGAAAUUUUCUACUUCCUUCAGGGCAGCCAGAUAACAAUGCAAUUCAGAACAGUCCAGGUAGUCCUAUAAGCUCAACAAGCAGCCCAUUAUAUGGACCAAGGCAUCAUUUUUUACAACAUCAAGACUCUGUUAAGAGUAAUACUUCAGAUGAUGAAAUGAUGUUCAGGGAGUAUUCUAGUGGUGGCCUUGUCCAAAGACAGAAUUCUUUUGGCUCCAAAGCAUCACAUAAGUCAUCUGAUUUGAAGUCAAAGUAUGUCAGACUGAGUACAUUUUUCACAUGGCCCCAGAAUUCUCCUAUUCAACCCCUUGAGCUUUCUGAGGCAGGGUUUUACUUUACUGGAGUAGAUGAUGGUGUAAAAUGUUUCAAGUGUGGUAUUGCUUUAAAAUCAUGGGUGCAAGGUGAUACAGCAUGGGGAGAGCAUAGAAAGUGGUCUCCACAGUGUCCAUUAGUGAUAGAACAUAUGAACCAAAAUACAAACCAAAUAUCUCAAAGACAAACAACAAAUCAUGACCCAAGAAUACAACAAAGAAGAGAAAUAGAUAGGACAAGUGAUUUUUUCCAUGGAAACGCAGAGAUACAAAGGCAGAACGAUCCAACAUCAUUGCCAACUCAGAUAUCACCAUUUUUUCUACCACCUGCAAACAGCAUGAAUAUUAUUCAACCCCCAACAUUGAUGACGAGUAUGGAUCCUUUUGGUAGACUUGGGAAUCCUGAUAUUUCAUUUGCUCUCCCUGGUAAUAGAGAUGCAAAUCAAAGUGAGCCAGCAUUUUACCCCACUGGUGUGCCUGAGACAAAUGCUGAAGAGAGUAAUGAGGUAGAGCAAGUUGGCCCUUUAUCCAUAGUUGACUUUGAUAAACUUCUAGAAGCUGGUUUUACUGUUGAAAUGAUUAACAAGACUCAAUCCCUUGCACUUGAUAAGUAUGGGAAGUAUUUUGAUAAUUUGGAGGCAACAGCAGAUGCCGUUUUGUUUGUUUUAGAGCAUGGGAAUCUUGAUGAACAUUGCUUGUCUGAGAAAAGGGAAGACUCUGGGGAAGGUCCUCAAGAUUUAAGAAAGAAACAAGCUAAUUUAGAGGAUAAACAAUCUGGGCCUCAAAGUGAUCUCAAAAGAGAGCUGGACAAAAUGAGAGAGAUGCAGCUAUGCAAAAUAUGCAUGGAUGAGCAAGUAGGUAUUGCUUUCCAUCCAUGUGGCCAUUUGUGCACUUGUCAUAACUGUUCUGUUGGUAUGACUCAAUGUCCUCUUUGCAGAGCCAAUAUUCAGUCUUCUUCAAGAGUAUACCUUGGAUAAUGUACUGAUGAGUUUAAUGUGAUUUAAUAGCUUCAAUUAAGAUUGUUAAGAACAUUGUUCAACUUGAAACUACGCACAAGUUUCCAUAUUAACAAAUCAUGAUAAAAAAAUAUAUACUAAUUUGUAGCAAAAAUAAAAAUAUAGAAAAAAUAUGCACUUUACUUUUGCAUAGCAAAAAUUAUAGACAUAUUGCCAUCACAGUUUUUGCUCAUGCCAUACUGCUUGUCAUCGCAAGACUUGUCAGAAAUGGUAGUUAGAAAAUCAAAUUCAAGGAACCUGAUUCUGCUAUAAUUGACUGAUUGGCUCAUGAAAGUGCAGGGGCGUAAAUACCAAGGUGUUUUGGGGGUGUAACACCCUCAAUCUUUGAAAAUCUUUAAGUUAGUCUGAGAUUUGAGAGAAUGGGAAAAAUGAAUUGACACAACAAUGUAAUAUCAAAAUUCUGUAAGUAAUGACAUAUAACAAUUUUAUUACCCUCCUAAUUUUAAAAUUCUCCACUGUCUCAAAAUCAUCCAUCAAUUUUCAUUCCUGGGGAAGUGUUGGGUUUUGUGGUUCUCUGUAGGGACAUAAAUUGAUGGAUAUUUUUGGGAGUAUGAAGGAUACAAAUUUCUGAUUGACAGAACCUUACAGAACCUUAAAAGGUUCAGUCAUUUCCUUUCUGAAUUGAGAAAAUUCUCAGCAUUAGCAAUAUUAUAAAUCAUUCUCUGAUGUACAAAUCAGCAUUGAAAUUAUGGCUUAAAAUUUCUGAUUGCUCUCAAAUUUCAAACUGGUUCAAAGAAUUUCAAAGAGUAAGUGGUGUGACACCUCCAACACCCUCUCCCAGCAUUUAUCUGCUUUGGUCCCUGCUUUGAUCCCAAAAAAUUGUCUAACAUUGGAGUGUCAGUCACAUGCCUGCUAAUACCUUUGAAUGUGCUGUCAGAUUUGCUCUGCCAGGAUCAGUAAUCAGAUUAUUUGUAGAUGUUAAUUUUUUAAUGAUAUAAAUCAUAGUUUUUUAAGUUUUCUCCUCAUAACUGAUUAGAUUACCAUAUAGCAAUAACAGACAUCAGGGCUUUUUUAUGAACUGUGAAUCAAAUAUGUUUGGUUGGUGUGGUUCUGUUGCUUUUUUUAUAUUCCUGUUAACAUAUUCAUUAUGUUUUGUUGCUUUGCUUCUACCAUUAAUGAAAACAAGAGCAGUAUCCAAUCUAAAGAACAUCAAAAUUUCCAUAAUGGAAAGGUCAUAGAAUUUUUCAGUAUCCCUAAAACUUAUCAAUGGUGAACAUUUUUCCUUAUUUUAAAAUAUGAAAUUAACAACAAAGUAAAUUAUAUCCUAACAUGCUAAAAUUUUCUGAGCUGUCUUUAAAGACUCUCCAAUGUAAAUAAUGAAAUUUGCAAAUCUUAUCUUGAAAUAUUUGAAGGAAAGAUAAAAUUCAAUUAUACAGCAAUUCACAUUGAGUUUGGUAUGAAAGUAUUUCUCUCUCAACCCCCUCCCCCCGUUGUACCCUUAAGAAAAAUUACCGAGAUGUGCCCGCCAGAAAAAGUUUUUGGUUUUGAAAAUUUUCGCCACCAAAAAAAGUUCGAUGUGAUAAAAAUAAUGAUAAUAACAAUAAUAGUAAUGAUAAUAAUCUACAAUAAUUAGCGACAUGUUAGUUAAUUUUUACAGUAGGGCUUACUAAAAGUAAAAGUAGCUAAAACAAAAAGGGAAAAAUCUAUGAAUAUAUUGCAGUAGGAAAAUUAAAUAGUGUGCUAGUUAUAACGAUAAAAGACUGGUUUUAAUUGUAAAAUGCUGUUCUUCGAUGUUAUUGAUCCGGAGAAAGUAAUUCCAACUUUGGUUCAUGGCCUGCGCCUUUUCUAUAGACUGGGGGGGGUUAGCAAGAAAAUGCUUAGCAAUCCAUCAUUUACAAGGUAUUCUGUUGAAAAUUGUUGAGGGAGCAUGUUCCUUGAUAAUGUAACACCAGUUUGAAAUCAGGAAUACGUAAUCAGAAAACCUGGGACAGCCUGUUCUUUUCAUUCAUUUUUAUUUCAUUUUUGAAUAUUUAUACAGAUUUACAGAUUUCAGUAAUAAAAAAAAUAACUGUUUUACAAAUCGACCUGUGCAAAAACAGAAAAGCCUAAAUUAAAGAAAAUUACAAUGUACAAAAAGUUAAAAUCAAAAUAAGCAACACAGAACUAAAUGUAGAAAUAAAAUGUACCUCUCAUAUGUAUUUUUUAAAGGUAGCAAGGGACGAUGCCAAUUUAGUUUCCUUAUUCAGCUCAUUCCAUAAUUUUGCUCCGCGAUAUGAAAAUACUUUUUGGCCUGUGCAUGUUCUUGAAAGAGGUAUCUGCAAGUUUGUUUCAGUUAGGCGAAAAUUGCGAACACUGCCCUCUGAGCAUUUGCUGAAAAGUUCUCCUAGAUAUUGAGGAGCAAGAGAGUUCAAUGCCUUAUAGGUCAGCGUUGCUGUUUCUUUUUUGAUAAGAUCUCUGAUUGAGGGCCAGCCAAGAUUUUGGAGCAGAGGAGCAUCAUAAGGACUAUUUGUAGUUAUUCUUGCAGCUCUAUUCUGGAUUUUGUGAAGAGAAUUGAGUUUGGUUUCACUACAACAACCCCAAACCGAGCAGCAAUAACUAAAAUGUGGCUCAACAAUUCCUCUAUACAUUUUCUGCAAAACCCCUGAUAGAAGAAAUUUCUUGGCAUGCUUAAUAAGACCGAGAGCCCGUAGUGCCUUAGCCUUGACUUAUUCAAUAUGGCGAUCCCAUUGGAGUUUGUCAUCGAUUUGAACUCCCAGAUACUUAGUAUCGGCUAUCAUAUUGAUCUUUUGUUCACCUAUUUCGAAACUAGGCUUAGCCUCAGUCUGCUUUUCCAUCUUUUGAAUAUUUGGUCUGGAUCCAAUAAUCCCUAAUACUUAUUUACCCCAUCUGUCUGUUUUUCUCAAUUCUGUCUGUAAACUUUUUUUAGUUAUUUAGUAGCAUAUUUUUAUGUUACUAAAUGACCAUGUGUAGUCAAUGUAUCGUCCCCUGGUUUUUUAGCAAUAGUCGUAUAGCAAAAAAAAUGUACAGAAGUUAAAAGGUAUUGUAGAUUUAGUUCGAAUCUGAGUUCAAAUCAAUGAG